AUGUCGACUACAGCCGAGACUUUUGCUAGCAACGUCACGCUUUAUCCAAUCCCUGAACCCGACCCCGUUUUUGUCGCAAUCCGGCAUUAUCAUUUUUAUUAUGAACUACUUUUGGCGAGUAUAUCGUUCCUUCUGAAUGGAAUUGUGGUCUACUUGGCGCUAACGAUGGCGAAUCGGACCAUCCGUAACUACUGCCGUAUCUUGUUGAUGAGUGUCGCGGGCGAUUUGAUCUACACGUGCCUGAACUUGUUGACUAUGAUGGUAGGAGAGGACAUGACUAAUCAUAGUAUUUCCGCAUUAUUUUGUCGGUAAAAUAAUGAGCACAAUGCCGUUGCGCCGAUCGCUUCGCUGAAGUGAAAAGCAAUUUGAUUUUGUCGCGAAUUCGUUUUCUUGACGGUGUUGCAAUUUGGGAUGCGCCAUUGUGCUCAUUAUUUUCCCGACAGACUGAUGUUAGUAUUUUUACAAAGUGCAUGGACAUUUGCCGCGCUCCGCACUGUGCACAAAGAACCCUCAUCUUGCACCGUGCAUUUCACCUUUUUUGGAUUUUGUACUGUGCGAAAGACAAAAAAUGUCCAUCUUUAUGAAAAUACUGAAAACAGCCUAACACCCUAAAAGCGCUAAAAAAAGUUUCAUUUCCCCUUUCAGAUCGUCGAGAUCCGCGCUGGGAUGAUGUAUUUCAUCACAACCGGGCCCUUCAUCCACAGCACCUACCCCUACAACAUGUUGAUGUGCGCUCUGUGGCUGAGUGGAAUGUACGUCACGAUCAUGACAAUCAUGGUUCAGUUCGUCUAUCGGUAUUAUGCGUUGUGCCGAACAGCGUUGAGCAUCACUCAGUUUGUUUCGUUGUAUUGCCUCGGGCUGACUUGGUGCUUGUGCCAAGGGUUCGCGGCGUUCCUCUGCUUUGAAGCCGAGACUCCGGAGAAUAGGGAGAUUCUACAGGGGCAUCCAUUGUAUUCCUUUAACACUCCGACAUUCGUGACAGGAGAUACGGUAGGGCUGGAAAAUUAUAUUGAAUAGGUACUAGUCGCCGCAAAAAGUCUUUGGAAUUUUCUGCGACUUUGCACUGUGCAUGAACCCGAAAAGUGCUUUUGCACUGUGCAAUUUCGUUGAUUUUGCCUUAUUGUCGCGCGCGAUUCCCAUUUUUCUCAGCGACAAAUCGACAUUUCGGGGUGCGACGGGAUUUGGGGGCCGCGAAAAAUUCCAAAGACUUUUUGCGCCGACUAGUAUCAGUCUGUCGGGAAAUAAUGUGGAUCCAUCGUGCCUUGAAGCCCAUCACCGCUUUCUUGAAGGCUUGUCACGAGUUGGGAUUUGGUGCUGCGACGUGGCGAACAUUUUGCGGAGACAAAUCUACAUUAUUUUCCCGACAGACUUACAGAUAACUGUUCUUGCGCCUGAAAAUUUACAAUGCGCAUUUUUAGGCAAGCGUUGGGCCAGUUGUCCAUUUUUGUUGCAGUCAGUGUGCCUGUGCUUUUCUCUACGUGAUAAUCAUUGUCACGGGCCGAAGGAUCAACAAGUUUCUGAACUCAGACGGUAUCAACAUGAGUAAGAAUACAAAGGAAGGGCAGAAGAAGCUGAAUAAAGUGAUGGUGCUCCAGGUAAGACAUUAUAUCUAGCUUUCUCGGCAUUUGUCGUAUUGGGUUGUGUGGCAGGUCAGAUCCGAAAUGGGGUUGUCUGAGGAUUCAGGGAAAAAAGAAUUUUAAGAUUUGGCCAAGAACUAAAGAAGUUAUAGCCAAUUCAAAUCGGGCCACAAAGAUGCCCCACCUUGUAUAUAGGAGGGACAAGGCAGAUUUCGGAUGACUUUUUUGGGUUGUCAAAAAAAAAUGAUUUUAAAAAAUUCGACCUGGGCCCCUCUUACCCUAUAUUUUUUUUUGUCGACCCAAAAAAACCUUGAAAAAUAGGUCUUGGUCCCCCCUUACCACAAAGAUUUUUUCCUCAAGGUCUCCUCUUUGCUCAUGGACCCUCUUUGCUCACUUUCAUCUUUGUUAGGUACCAUCUUCUAAGUAAAUUUCCCUCAAGGCGCCCUAUUCCGCCAGGGGCCCAUAGCGAAAAAAAUAAGUGCCCCCAGGCAACCUCUUCGCCCAGGCGCCGCCUUCGGAUCAAUCGCUAAUCGCCACGUUUACUUAUAUACGUUUUAGGCAACCUACCCCGGCGUUAUCGUCUGUCUUCCCAUUGUCAUGGCCACUCUGAUGGCUCAGCUCAAAAUGGACGCCUCCUGGACCGGAAUGUACUUCGCACCGUCGAUCUCGGCCAUUCCGAUCAUCAACGCCGUAACGGUCAUGCUGGUGAUCCCGUCGUUCCGGAAGCGCAUUUUGCGCAUAGCCAAGGCCACGGUCUACACAAAGUCCACGAUUCAAGAGACUUCGGAGCACACGCACACUGGAAUGGAGAUCCAUUAA